AUGGCAGGUUUGGAAAAAACUGACAUGCAUACAGCAUUACACUCGUCAAGUACAAACGCAGGACUUCACUUAUCCAACUCGAGACUAUCGCCUGGAAAGUCUGGAGCUCGUCAACAACUCCCGCUUGGGCUGCCACGUUCAGGUCAGUCCGGACCAAGUGACAACCCUCAGUCACGUAGCAGGACCAAUCUAACUGGUGAUGGUAGCAUGUCCAUGCUGUACAAGUCAAACUCCAGACUAGAUGAGCCUUCAAAGAUACGUUCCGGUAUACAGAGGCAAAGUUUUCCCGAGCUCAAACGAGUUCCUGGCGACGGCAGAGAGUCCGAGCGAGAGCCGCAUACAACCGGAUGUUUAAAGUGGAGAUUUUCAAAAACGAUAGAAACAGAAAUAUACUCGGUCAAGUUCUCUUUUGAUGACGAAUUUAUCGUGGCAGCAUGUGGUAACGCUAGUAUCAAUGUAUUUUCAACUAGAACAAAUGCACGAGAACUAGAGCUUAUACCAAGUGGAAUGAAAACUAUACUUCCAUGUACUUCACUCGCAUUCCGACCAGAUAAUGCCACAUACAAAAACAAAAGUAUCCUUGUUGCUGCAUAUGCGGAUGGAAGUAUUCGACAUUGGCAUUAUACGACUGGGCAACUUCUCAGCACUAUCAAUGAGCCUGACAACCAGAUCAAUGGUGUAUCAUAUAGUCGCGAUGGUAGUCAGUUUGUUACGUGUGGAAGUGAUAUGCACGUUCGAGUAUACGAUGGCCAAACGCAUGCACUGACUUUUAGUGCAAUGUCCGGACAUAAUGAGGUGACGGCAGGACACUCGAAUCGAAUCUUUUGUGUCAAACAUCAUCCCAAAGAUCCCAACAUGCUAAUCAGUGGUGGAUGGGACAAUACACUUCAGAUAUGGGAUAAGCGAAUGCGCACCUCUGUCAAGAGUUUUUUUGGUCCCCAUGUUUGUGGUGACGCAAUUGAUUUUAACGAGGACGGCUCACUGAUUGUCGUGGGAGCUUAUGUCAAAGACAAUCCAUUGACGAUAUGGUCUUGGAGCACUGGUCGAAUGAUGGAAGCAGUAACGUGGGCCGAGCCUGUUGACGAUGAGCUGCCCAUGUGCAUGCUUUAUUCGGCACAGUAUAGUCAAAACACACAGAGUACAACCCCAAACAGGUAUAUUCUCGCCGGUGGUGGAGGCCUAUCUAAAGAGGCUCGAAUAUUUUCAAAUGAUUCUAAAAAGCCGGCCGGAUCCAUCACCCACCUCAACAGCGCAGUGUAUAGCACAGCCAUUAGCUCACAAGACAAAAUGGUGGCAAUCGGUGGAGGAGGAAAAACGCUUAUUGUAUGCAAUAUUGAAGAUCAUUUAGCAGAUAUACGAUAA